CUCCAACGAAAAUAUAAACGCCUUGUACACGCACUGCCACCACUCCCGUCACCUACGCGACUUUACAAGAAGAUAGUCAACUGCUGCAGACACCUGCAUAAGACAACGCGUAAUAUGUCCACGCUUAUGGAACGCAUUAAGAAUCUCUGGAAGUCGCAAGAGGACUGGAAAGAAAAACUGGUGGAACUCCAACUUAUUGAAACCCUAACGGAGAAGACACUUCUCGAAUUCAAGCUAAUUCGCACGGAACUCCGUACUCUUUUCGCAGUACCACCACUUCUCAUUGCCACGGACAUCAUUUCGGAAAACAAUUGGAAAGCGAUCAUCUCACAAACGCAAUUCGAUGAGGAGGAGAACUCAAUACUUACGAAACAUGAGACGAUUGAGACCGUUAUUGAAGACCAAAUGGAGAUCCUACACGAACAGCAAUCCAUUCUCAACGAUUACCGCAGAAUGCUACAAGAGGAAGAACGCAAGGCAACACGCACCUUCCAAACUACCGUCCUUGCCUCUUUGAAUCAGUUGAGAGAGACACUCGAACAAGAAUCACACCUUGAGAAAGACAGCAAACCAUCGACAGAGAUCUUGAUGGACAUCAAGGAAGAAAUCACGACACUGUUACAGAAUAGCAUGCGAAAAAAUACACGCUCUACACUGGACGACGAAGCCGAGCAUUGGGCCGGUGAGGGUAACGAUAAUCGUUACAAGGAGCUACCGUCAAGGGACGAAGACGAUGAGAUGUACAGCGAGACUGAAAGAAUAAACGCCGAGUACAUGGAAGGAGUACAGGAUAUGACCGAAGAUGAAUUAAAUGGAGACUCAGUGACCACGCCGAAUCAGUUAUGGAAAGAAAGAAUAUGGAAUGAUUUGGAAGAGGCAGAACGAGAAGUGAAAAAGAUGGAAAACAUCGUUUACGAACUAGACAUGGAACCGACAUGUAACCCAAGAGACUACAGAAAGGGGAUCAUCCAAAGAGAGGAUGAAAGAGGCAUGGUGUGUACCUUCUGCGGGAAAGUAGGUGAACAUUAUUCAGACUCGUGUGAAGCGUACCCAAGCUCGAAAGAGCGCCUGAAAAUCGUUGAAGCAGAAGAUCUUUGUAAAACUUGUUUGAGGAUAAACUCCGAAAACCAUGGCUUGAGAUGCUUUCACUGCAACGAAUAUGGUCAUCACUCGGCUUUAUGUGAAUUACCGGAAAAAAGUGAGUACAUACGAAGACGAAUAAAGGAGGCAAUUGAAAGGAGGAAAAACGCCAAGGAACGCAUCAAAGAAUUAUAUCGCCAGUUGGACGAGAUUCAG